AUGAAUAAUCUGCUCAAUGGUAAUGUGUGGUUGUGGGAACAUGGAAAAUUUAUGAACAGAAGAUAUCUGAUUCAGGUUAGUAUUCUAUAAAUAAUUAAUAAUCUUUUUUUUUUUAAUUUUUAUUUUGUAAAAAUAAUAUUUCACUGAGGACAUAUUGGUUUUUAAUUAUCAUAGUAACAUUCUUUAUUUCCCCUCACCCAUUUAUUUUUAAAUUUAACCAAAACUUUCCUCAGGAAAUGUAUCAAAAAUAUCUUGAUGGGGAAAAUAUUUCAUCCAUACCAAAAGAACAAGAUCCAUUUUGGGAGCCUGUUGAAGAUGUUCUUAUAGGAACAGCAAAUGUCUUUUUACAGGUAAAAAACACCUGAGGCUUUAUCUGCUUGUAACUUAUUAAAUAUCUUUUAAAUUUUAGUUUUUACAGACUAAUGUUGCUUACUUUCUUUCUAUUUUUAAGCACUGAAGACAGAUAUUCAAGAGUCUGGAAAAUUAACUUCCUUAUUCUAAAUUCCUAAAAUUGUAUUUAUUUUUAUUAAUUUAUUAGCAAAACUUGAUCCCCUCUGUUUAUUAUAUUCUUUGUAAAGUCACUGUCCUACGCCCUUGAUUUUGAAGAUGAAUUGUCAAUAACCAACUACAUUGGCCAGGAAGAAGGUAAACUG